AUGAGACUUCUUCAGAGACUUAGCUCCGGGGCGGUCCUCGGGAGCCUCACCCUCCUCUCCCAAACGGUCCUAGCCCUCAGGCCCCGACCCAUGGAAAACCUGGGCCGCGGCGUCGUCGCGGUUCGUGUCAGUGAGGACGAAGUCCUGGUCACCUGGCGUCUGCUAGGCCUCGACCCCAGUGACAUCGGCUUCAAUGUCUACCGCUCGAGCGACUCUAGUGACGCCGAACUGUUAAAUGACGAGCCCCUAACCUCCACUAUGGGGACAAACUUCCUCGACACAACGGCCGACGCUUCGGCGGAGAACACGUAUUGGGUGCGUUCCGUCGUAGACGAUGAAGAGUCAGAUGAUAGCGGUAGCUUCACGCUCGCCGCUAAUAACGACGUUGAGCCUGUGAUUCGUAUUCUCAUUAAAGAUACCGGCGCGAUAAAAUUUGUCUGGGUGGGUGAUCUUGAUGGCGACGGGGAGUAUGAUUUUGUACUUGACCGGACGAAUACACAGCAAAGUAUUGAGGGGUAUGCGAGCAAUGGCACCUUUCUCUGGGAGGUCCAAUUGGGACCGAACAGUGAAAACCAAGAUAAUAUCGAACCUGGGAGCACGUCGAUCAGCGUUGGGAAUUGGGACGGUGUCACGGUGUUCGAUUUCGACAGUGACGGAUAUGCGGAGGUUGCUGUGAGGAUUGCCAAUGGGGUUGUCUUUGGGGAUGGCGAGGAGUUCGUGCGGGACAUUGAUAAUGAGCAGUGGAUUGCGAUAUUGGAUGGGAGGACAGGGGCGCUGAAGGGGACGAGCAAGAUUCCUACGGACUACAUCGAUCAUGGGCCGUUGGCGGCGAGAUUUGGAGUUGGGUAUCUCGAUGGGGUGACGCCGCAUUUGGUGGCGUUCAUGAAGAACCGGAGGGACGAUAAGGUGUUCAACCGGGUAAUGGGGGCGUGGACGUGGGAUGGGGAGACAGUAACUGAGAAGUGGAUUUCGAUGGGGGAUGACUUGGUUGGUGCUGAUGGGCACAAUACGCGGAUCAUCGAUGUGAAUGGGGAUGGGAAGGACGAUGUUGUUGAGAUUGGAUUUGUGCUCAAUGGGGAAGAUGGGUCAUUGUUGUAUACCAUGCCUGAUCCCGUGGUGCAUGGCGACCGCUAUUAUAUCACCAAAAUGGACCCGGAGAGAGAGGGGUUGCAAGGGUAUGGCAUCCAGCAGGAUAAUGAAGAACUCUUGAUGGAGUACUAUUACGACGCUGCCGAUGGGACGUUUAUCUGGGAGCAUUACGGCAGUGAGGUUGGCGAUGUUGGACGCGGUAUGGUUGGUGACAUUGAUCCAACUUAUCCUGGUAUGGAAGUUUGGUCAUUCCAAGGGGUCUUUAACGCUGCUUCCAACGAAACCACCACUGACGACAAAGCGCUUGCACCAUGGCCGCAGAUGGGCGUCUGGUGGGAUGGCGACGCCCUGAUGGAGCUGUACAAUGACGGCAAACUCGAGAAAUGGGACUGGGAGAACCCCACUACGAGUGGUAGUCUUCCUCGAAUCCUCACCAUCAGCAAGUUCGGAGCUCAAAACCCAAACAAUCACAACCCGGGCUUCCUGGGUGAUAUCCUCGGAGACUGGCGCGAAGAGAUUGUGGUGGUGAACGAGGACUACACCGAGCUGGUCAUCUUCACUACAAACCAGCCUAGCGAUAUCCGGCUCUAUACUCUUCCUCACAAUCCGGCCUAUCGCAAUGCUAUGACACUCCAUGGAUACAUGCAGUCUCACGAGGUUGACUACUUCCUGGGCUAUAACAUGGAUACUCCUCCCCAGCCUAACAUUCGUUACGUGGAGUAG